AUUUGCCCUUUCUUUAAUUCUUUUUCGUCGUCUUCUAGGGUUUCUAUUCCUCUUUGAGGAGGAGGGAGAAGAAGCGUGCGAUCUCUCGAUUCCCAUUUCUCCCAAAAAUUCUCUCAUCGCCGAUAUGAGCAGAUCCGGCCAGCCUCCCGAUCUCAAGAAGUACAUGGAUAAGAAGCUUCAAAUCAAGCUGAAUGCGAACCGGGUCGUCAUCGGCUCCCUUCGCGGGUUUGACCAAUUUAUGAACUUGGUGGUCGACAACACUGUAGAAGUCAACGGCAAUGAGAAGAACGAUAUCGGGAUAGUGGUUAUCAGGGGAAACAGUGUGGUCAUGAUUGAAGCUCUCGAGCCGAUCGCAAGAUCGCAAUAGCUGUUCGAAUUCGAUUUAUGAUCACCGCGGUGGAACUGCACGACAGGGGCGAUCGGAGAGGCAUGUCUCUCUACUAAUCUACUCUUUUAUGAAUCUAAUAGAUUUGAUCUCUUUAAUCUUUUUGGCGAAUGAAAAAUUCGGUCACCGUAAAGUAUUAAUCCGUGUUAAGAAGGUAUCUUGAUGUCUUUGUCUUUGUAGUAUUUCUCUAACUAGCUUGGUUAGUAAAUUUCUGGUAAGAAUGUUGUGAUGAAAUGGUUGGUUUUAGUGUAUUUAUUAUGAAAAAUUCUAUAACAAUUAGGAAAACAAAAUUGUGAACAUCUUUUAA